GGAUAAACACAUGGAGGAUAAGAAUAGUGUUAAACUCAAAGAGAAGGGCAGCGAAGAAUCUACGCUAAGGGAAGACUUGGAGAAGAUGAAGGAGGAAGAAGAAAAGAAGAAGAGAAUAAAAGAAGAAGAAGAAAGGAAGGAGGAAUGGAGGAAGGAGCACGAGCGGUUGGAAGCAUAAAUGACGGCGAGGUUGGAUAAUCGCAUGGAGGAUAAGAAUAGUGUUAAACUCAAAGAGAAGAGCAACGAAGAAUCUACGCUUAGGGAAGACUUGGAGAAAAUUCACAAGGAGAAUGAGAGACUCAGGAAUCUGCUAACCCAAGGAGAUGACGAAGGUGGGGACUCUACAGUCUCGAGAUUACAAAGGGAACUCGCGGUUCUUAGAAGACAAGUGCUGGCUAAGAAGAUUGCGGAGGACGAUAUCUUCGCAAUGAAGCAGGAGAUCGAGCAACUGAGGACUUCUGCGCUUGCUAAAGGUAGCUUUGAAACGGAGCUGGAUAACCUGCGUUCAGAAGUCAGCCGUCUGAAGAUCCAGGGAGUCAAAGAUCGAGAGCAACGUGAGUUGUGGAAGGGAGAAGCAUUGAGACCAGGUAACAAAAGAGGCAGUGUGGCGAUCAACAUUCCUGAAGGCUCGAAGCAUGGGUCACCGAGGCCAAGAUGGGCUGAUAACUUGAGUGAGGCAGACAAAUGGAGGAAGGAGUACGCAAAGAUGAAAGAGAUGCAUCGGGCUGCUAGCAUGGAGGCUGAAGUCCUGAAAGGUAAACGAGUUGUCGCUGAAGGUGGUACUAAUCUCAAGACCAGAUUGGAAGCCGUUGCGAACCGCUCUGCUAGGAAAGGACUCAAAGCUACCCCGAGACGAGACUGUGAAGAAGCUGCUGGUUGCUCGGACAAGAUCAAUGAUCGCUUUCUCUACAUCGAGGCGCAAAAGAAGGAACUCAUGAACUACAAGAAGUUGGGACUGGAGAUGCUUUGUCGUGAAGCGGGUCUCAAAUUGCACGCUGUGGAUUUGAGGAUCGGGGAUAUUGCCGACUAUCGGCCGGACAAAGCCUUUGGCAAAAAGGAUGAUCCCGCCUCUGAGAAGGACAAGGAGCCUUCGAUCCAUGCAGUCUCGGAUAACUCCCCUUCUGUUGAUGCUGCCUCCGUGUCGGAAGAUGGAAGAUCUGUGGAGCUUUAGGACCGGUUCACGAACGCGAAUUUUUCUGGAGAUGGGCUCGCUGUUGUAGGAAGUCACGUGAAGGUGGUAGGUUGGCUACUACUCCAGAUUAUGUUCAAUUUUAGGAAGUCUUCGCAGUCACGUGACUUUACUUGUAUGUGUGAGUCUUAUGAUAAAGCUUGGACCACGUC